AAGAUAUAACUGUCAUCAAUGUAAGUAGGAGUUCUAACAGAUUUUGUUCAAUUUUACUUUCAGACAUCGGUAAAUUCAAACAUAAAAGACUAUUACAGCAUGGAAAAGGUGGAUUUAGACAGUCGCUUUCAAGUUUUGGGAUAUGAACAAGUUGUGCGAUUAAAUGAAGUCUUGGAAGGAAAACUUCCUGUACAUGGCCGAGGAAAUUUUCCGACUCUGGAAUUAAAGUUGAAAGACUUGGUUAAGAUUUUACGUGAAAAAUUAGAGAACGAAGGAAUCAUAAUACGCGAUGUUCGACUUAAUGGUGGAGCGGCUUGUUAUAUACUUGGAACUGAAAAAAUGAACUAUAAAGAUCUCGAUUUGAUAUUUGGAGUAGAACUGUCAAACCACAAUGAGUUGCAGAAAAUUAAAAACUGUGUUCUCGAAUGUCUCAUAGACUUUUUACCUGACGGUGUUAAUAAGGAGAAAAUGAACAGUUGUAGUUUAAAGGAAGCCUAUGUUCAAAAAAUGGUAAAAGUUUGCAACGAGCAUGGUGAUAGAUGGAGUUUAAUCUCCCUAAUGAACAAUAAAGGUAGAAAUAUUGAACUGAAGUUUGUGGAUAAAAUGAAGCGUCAGUUUGAAUUCAGUGUUGACUCUUUUCAAAUUAUUCUGGAUAGUUUAUUAACUUUCUAUAAUGUGUCUGAAACAGCUAUGAGUGAACAUUUUUAUCCUACCAUAUUUGCUGAAAGUCUUUAUGGAGAUUUUUGUGAAGCAUGGUUUCACUUGAUAAAGAAGAAAAUUGCAACUAGAUGUCCAGAGGAAAUUCGUGGAGGUGGUUUACUGAAAUAUUGUCACCUACUAGUUCGUAAGUACACCUCUGCUGAUGAUGUAGAUGUGCGGACAAUGGAAAGAUACAUGUGUUCAAGGUUUUUUAUUGAUUUCGGUGACAUUCUUCAACAAAGUCAAAAGCUUAGUGCUUAUUUGGAGAGUCACUUUAUAGGUGAAGAAGAAUUAAAGUAUGAAUACUUGACAACCUUAUACAAAGUUGUUGAUGAAAGCACAAUAUGUUUAAUGAACCAUGAAAGGAGACAAACACUUAAUUUAAUUCAUCAAUUAGCAUACCAAGUGUAUAUGGAAGAGGAACAAAGAGCCAAGGCAAAAGCCAAAUGUAUUGAACUUCACAAAAUUGAUCAUUUGAGUAAUUUGGUGAUAGAUCAAGUGUUUUAUGGUCCCUUUAACCCAGAGCUACCCCCAGGAAGCCAAAUUAUUAACAGUUAUACUAAGUACAAUAUGCCUUCAGUGUACCAAGGACCACCCUCUCCACCCUGUCCCUUUUGUCCACAAUGCCCCCCUCAAUAUAUCCAACAGUGCUCCUAAUUCAACUUUUCCUCUCAAUGAGAUGAUGCUGUCUUCUUGAGAGGCAGGGCAUAGGCUAUAUUCCAAAAUUCUGUGAUUACUAAUUAAACAUUCUUGAUGGAUUCAGGAUGUGUACCAGGUUAACAGUAUGCAGUUUAUCACAACAGAUGAUAUAUGCAUAUUUUGUGAGGUGAAAGAUUGCAGAAAAAUGUGUCGUGUAUGUACUUUUUGUGUUAAAAGCAUCAUGUUGGAAUGUAUUAAAACACAAUAUUUCCAAAUUCAGCGAUGUCAAGACAGAAUCCUCUUAUAUCCAUUACUCUGGAAUAAAUACUAUUGUUCAUUAUGGUGUUUUAUGUAGAAUGAUUUGUGAAUAUCAAUUUAUUAUCAGCUCAUUCUACCUUUAUACAUGUAAAACCAUAUACUAUACUGCUGUGUGUUCGCAACUAUAUAUUUCUUGUUAUAUUUUUCUAUUGUCCUAGAUGUUCAAACUUAUAUUUUCUUAACUGACAGUAACUCACUUGAACUGUUUUUUAGCUAAAAGGUUUCAGGACAUAGAAAUUACCUGACAAGGACUAUAACUAUAUGCAUUUUGUGAGUCAAAUGUUGUUAAAACCUCAUCGUCUGUGAGAAUACAACUGAAAUUUAUGACUUUAUGAAAAUAAUAACCAAUUGGGAUCAAAUUAAUCAAGAUGUUUGUAAAACAGUAUUAAAUGAUACUAUCUUAUAGUUCAAAAUUUUAAAAAUUUUGAUUGUUGAUCCAGUUUUUAUGAAAUAUCUGUCUCAAGUCAAGUUUGAUAACCUUUCUAUCAUCAAAUCUACACAAGAAUUUUUAGAUAUUUCUGGCCAUAGAAAAUAUUUCAAAUUAAGAUCUGAUUUCAAAUGAUUUUACAUUCACUGCAACCUGACAGAAGGUUAAUAGUUUUAACCCACUAAAGUUAAAUUAUUAAAGAUAUUCCAAGUGACCGAUUUCCUUUCCUGUCUCUUAAAAGGUCAAGGAAUUAACACUUGAGACUGAAAUCAAGUGAUAAAGUCAGAAUGUAUAAUCAGAAAGAAGAAAGACAUUGAUAAAUUUUGCUACUCAUUAUAUUAAAUCAACUGCCUUUCAAUAUUUAACAGCUAUUAUCAAAUGCUUAUCUGAUUUUCAUUAUUGGACUAUAGCUUAAUAUGCUGACUGAUGUUUAAUUGUAAGGGGGUAAAUGUGCACACAUUUAUUUAUCAAUGCUACACCAGUAAUGCUGAACUGUAAGAUCUUUCUCUUGGCUGUGAAUCCAUUAGUAAGAAAAGACUGUUUAAUUGAAAUAUGUGCUCACGGUCAGAUAUGUUAAAACCAACUAUUUCCUUGAUCUACAUUUUUGUAAACAUUGGCUAUAGGUCAAUUCAAGAGUAUUUUGCUUUCUCAAAUUUAAAAAAAGAAUAAAUUGAGGUAUAUAUUGCCUGGUGGUAGAAAAGAUGUAGAUAGUGUUUUCAACCUAUGAACCUUACAGGACAUGUUUUACAAACUUGAUUGCUUGCUAAUUUGUGCCUUAUUUAGGAAAAAUUCACAUUAAGACAAAUACAAUUGCGAUGUUUUACCAGUGUCAACACAUUCUCUUGUUUGGGGACAACUUUAAACAACAGAAUGAUGUUGGUAUAAACACAGGAUCUUGUGACGAUCCAGCUUUGAGUCACCUUUUAUUUUUCAGGACAAUGCUACUGAUCAAUUUGAAUCAGCAAGAACUUAAAAUGUAUUUAUGUAAAUAACCUUUACUUAAACUUUUGGUGAAUUUUUAAGGCUACUUUGUGAAAGGGUUUUAUGAAGACAAGUUAAUAGUGACUGUGUCUAUAUAUUCUGACAUAUUUAUACCUAUAUACUGACAUGUCAUAAUAGUUCAUGGCUUUUGACAUAUAUCUAUCAUUCUAUAUUCAGACUGUGUCAGUCAGUUUGGCUCUCAAGUAAUUUAAAUCAUUUAAAAAUUGUUUUUUGGUUCAAUCUUGUGGUCAAUGAAAGGACAAUAUGGUAUUAUUGAAAGCAUUUAGAUUGUGACAUAUUUGCCCUGUGUAAAGAAGUUUUUGUAAAAGUAAUUAUUUAAAAAGACAUAUUAAUGUAAAAUACAAGCUGAUUGAAUGAUCAUUAGUUGUAGGAUCAAAUCUUCUUCAAAGCAAGAACCAAUUUUAGUAAUCAUAGAUAUUUUAUGGUGAAAAAUAUGAAAUAAAGUGAAUAUACGCAGUUUAGUUAUGACAUAUAAACCUUUUGUUUUUCAGUAAAUCAAAUUUUCUUCAUGACAGAAAUCAGUAGUGAUCUCAUUUUGUAAAGUACAUACAUAUAGACAUUUUAAGUAUAUGUAUGGGCUUAAAUGAACAGUUCGAGUUUUACUUGAAUAGAGAAUAAUAGUUGACCUAAAAGCUGAAAAAGUUUAAUGUUUAUACAGUGAACUUAGUCAACACAUUAUACAAAUAUUAGAAUUCAAUUAAAUAUCAAUUGCUUAUAUUAUGAUACACAUUUAAUGACAGUUUGUGUAUAGAUAAAAAAAAUAGAGAAAAAAAUCUUAAAUGUGUAAUGACCAUGCAGUAAUCACUACAAUAGAAAAAGUUUUCAUUAUAGAAAAUCAGGAUCAAAAUUUAUCAAGUUUAAUCUAUAUUGUAUAUCAAUUUAUAAGUAAAAAGAUUCGUUAUUUAUGAUAACAAUAAAAUGUUUAGUUUAUCUAAUUUAUGAAUAGAUGAAAGUGCUCAUGUUGAGAUAGCCAAAAACAUCUGUGAUUUAUAUUUGUUGACAUAAACUUGAUAUUAUUAUAAAGAUUAUCACUGUCAUCUUACUUUUAUCUAUCUAAACCAGUACUUUCUAAGAUUGUUACUUAUUUUUGUAAAAGCUUAAUGAUGUCACCUUGUUUGAACAGGAACAAUACAUCAAAUAUUUCAAAAAAUUACUGACUUGCUAUACCUUGGAUCAAUUUGAAGUAUGUAUGCAGACUUAGCCAUUUUGCCUGUUUUGAAUUUAAGAACAUGGUAACUGACAGCUUACAUAGGAAGCUACAAAGUUGUGUUACAUAAUUAAUUUUAGUGUUAGAUAUUUGUAGUAAUUUGAAUGGUAUGUUAAUAUGCCUCAAGGGACAAUUGAUCAUAUUAUAUAAUUGUGAUGAUAACUGAGCUUAUAGAAUAUUACUUUUAUUAUAACCUGUUUAAACUGACAUCUUACAACUGAUUAAAUGACAGGAGUACAUCUAUCUGGCUAUAUAAUAAUCUAAUAACAUCAUUUAUAU